CCCCUAACCCUUCCUGUACAGCGUCAUGACGUCAUUAUGUAUCAGAAACUCGUCCACUCGCAGCCAUUUUACUCCAUGAAAUAAACUUCAUUCUCAUCCUAAACUAGUCGCAGGAGACCGCAAUACUGACAUCAAUGGAUCUGUGGCGAUAGUCGAGAAGAAGGAUCCAGUCGGGUCUCCGGUUUCCACUAUUGGGUUUGACCUCAUGGCUUAACGUGACUUGUCGACUAAAUUAAAACACCCACCUUUGUCCUCCCCCUUACGUUGUCAUCUGCUGUGAAAGCAGCAGAACAACUACCAAAGGGAAGGUGACCCCCAUCGCCAGUGGCUUGUCUCUUCUCUUCUGAGGCAGCAUGGAGCUACAGGCUCCCCAGCAGCUGCUCGCUGCUGAAGGGGAAUGUGGGAUGUCAAGUCUGUUGGUCCCCAGCCCCCAGAGUGAAGCUGUUACCCAUGAGAUGGAGGAGUUGUCACUGCAACCGUCGCAGAAUUUGCCACCGCUGAAUGAACGCAAAAAUGUCUUGCAGCUGAGGCUCCAGCAGAGGCGAACUCGGGAGCAGCUGGUGGAGCAGGGCAUCAUGCCUCCACUGAAGAGCCCAGCAGCGUUUCAUGGGCAGAUCCGCAGUCUGGAGAGAGCCCGGACUGAGAAUUUCCUCAAGCACAAGAUCCGCAGUCGUCCAGAGAGGGCGGAGCUGGUCAGAAUGCACAUCCUGCAGGAGACUGGUGCUGAACCUUCACUGCAGGCCACACAGAUGAAACUGAAAAGGGCUAGACUGGCUGAUAAUCUUAAUGAGAAAAUAGCCCAAAGACCUGGGCCCAUGGAACUGGUGGAGAAGAAUAUUAUUCCUGUGGAUUCUACCCUCAAACAAGCUAUCAUAGUUGGCCAGAUGAACUACAGCAAAGUGGUGGAUGAGGACAGCAGUGAUGCUCUGUCCCCAGAGCAGCCAGCAAGUCAAGAGUCUCAGAGUUCUGCUCCGUCACCUGGCGAGAGCAGAGGCCCAGAGACCCCCUCUCCUGUCUCUUUUCCAAUGCAACCACUUCCAACCAACACAAUACUACAGACGGUCCCACUGACUGCUCCGGCCACAACAGACUUCCUGAGGGUGGUCACUCCUUGUGAGCCACCAGUGAGCCGCACCACUAUAUCUCCUGUUCAGCCUGCCACUACUGUCACCCCCUCAAAACCAGGACCAACACUCAUCAAACAAAGCCAGCAAAAGCUGCCCUCAGAGAAGAGUCGCAGCAAGAAAGGCAAAGAGCCCAAAUCAAGGGUGAAGAAGCUCAAGUACCACCAGUAUGUUCCCCCUGACCAGAAGCAGGAGGCCAGUGAAGUCUCCAUGGAUUCGUCCUACGCCCGACUGCUGCAGCAGCAGCAGCUGUUCCUCCAACUGCAGAUCCUUAGUCAGCAGCAGCAACACUACAACUAUCAGACCAUUUUACCUGCACCGCUGAAACCUGUAGCAGAGGGUCAGAGCAGUGCUGCUAGCACCAUCGUUGUGUCACUGCCGACGGCACCUCCUCCACCACCCCCUCUGCCUCCAGCGUCAUCUCGACCAAACAACCCGCUGUCAAACCGCAAGCCUGGUGUCUUACCUGCAAACCUGGAAGAGAUGAAGGUGGCUGAGCUGAAGUUAGAACUGAAACUGCGAGGUCUUCCCGUGUCUGGAACCAAAACUGAUCUGAUAGAGAGGCUGAAGCCCUUCCAGGACAGUCCCCCCACCACAAACUCUUCUCCUGCUCCCCCACCUGCUGUAACCACCAUCACCUCCAUGCCCAUGGAGGUCUCCACCACUCCUGCUGUUAUCCUUCCAGCCCAACAAGUGACUUCAGAGCACAUGAGCUCCUCACCACCUGUUUCUCCAAACCCCUCAGACAUCAUUACCAUCCAACAGGAUGUGGCUAUGUCGUCUGAAGUAAAGCCUGAGCCACCACUGAGGUCAGCUGGUCCCAUUCCUCCUGUUCACUCGGUGCCUGAGGAAAAGGACAGGAGGCUUCAUGAGAAGGAGCGGCAGAUUGAAGAGUUGAUGAAGAAGCUGGAGGAGGAGCAGAAGUUAGUGGAGGAGCUGAAGAUGCAGCUCGAGGUUGAGAAGAGAGGAGGGGGGAGUGGCAGCUUGACAGACAACGGACCAGUGAAGCUAAGUUCGUCCCCACUGAUGAACUCAACUUCUCCAAACUCCUUCCCUGUGAAGGCAGAGAAUGCAGUCCUGUCCAGCUGUUCUCCCACCACCAACUCCAUCCUGGACUCUUUUAGGACUCCGCUACAGAAUGUGGUGAAGUUGGAGGAUGUUACGGUUUCUUCUGGCAAGCCCAUCCAAAUCCAGGCCCAAACCCAUGUGAUCAGUCAGAUCCAACCCCAAAUUCAGACCCCGGUACCUGUGAGUCCGCAGCCUUUCCAUCAAAUCCCCCAGUCCCAGUCCAAAAGCCCUGGACUCCAGCAGUUCUUUAUCAGCCACUCAGGAGGGGUGUCCCAGGUGCUUGGUCAGCCCCAGACGAUCUUAACUCGACCUGGUCAACCGCUACUGACAACCACUGGUCAGACGGGAACUCAAAUUCUUCUCCCGGUCUCACUUCCCAACAACACUGCGACUAUUCAACUGCCGAGCACCACAGUUGGUCUCCAGCCAAUUCUCCAGGCUACCAUCUCUAACCCGGGUCAGGUCCCGGCGUCUGCGCCACUCCCUCAGAGCCAAAAGUUGGAGAAAGCAACUGGCCAGCAAGUAACCAACCACACACCUCUGAUGCAGACUCUGACAAUGUGCAAUAACACUGCUGCUUCGGGGACACAGACCAGGCCUGAGGUGACAACCCAGUGUUUCCUAAGAAGUUCCCCAGAGAACUGUGUCUCACCCCGGUCUUCACCAAACCACCACAUAUCUAACGGCCCACUCAACAAGUCCUCCCCGCCAUCGCAUCCAGCUUUCAUCCUUCAGUCCGCCACGCUCGUGCCUCAGCCUCCGAAAACCCGAGAACCGCCCCGCUAUGAGGAGGCUGUGAAGCAGAGUCGCAACCAAAUGCCCAACAAUGAUUCACUGGUUUCCACUGCAUCCAGUCAGCAAAUGGAUGACUUGUUUGAUAUCCUCAUCCAGAGUGGAGAGAUCACACCGUUCGCCCAGCCGGAGCCUCCCGUGUCGCUGAAUAAGACAGUUCCAGUCAAGGCCAAUGUCACCACUCUCCCGUUCAACACCGCCCUCUCCAGACACCCGCCUCAGAUCCAGGUGGCCCCGCCUCCAACGCUCAGCCCUCUCAUGGACCCCAGCCUGCCCGGCCUCUCUUCCCUGGCCACGGACAAUCAGCUUGAAGCUUUCCUUGAGGGGACGCUGGCAGACACGGCGUCAGACCCACGCACCCAUGCUCUGAUGGAGGAGCUGCAGGCCCAGCUGAUGGAGCAGCAGCCCUACUCUCCCAUGGACACAUCGGACCUCUCCUUCUCCUCCUCGCCGCCGUCCUCGCUCAACAUGGGGCUUUCGGACCCGACCCUGGACAACAUGGAGUGGCUGGAUCUCACCAUGCCACCUGUGUCAGGGGGCGCUCUAACACCACUGGGGAUCUCAGCGGACCUGCUGGACCACGACCUGCAGCUGCACUGGGACUGAACCAGGGACAGGAGAGGUAACUUGAGGAUUAACUGAGCCAGUGUCAGGAAGGGAAGUGGGUGAGUGGAAGCAGUGUCCCUCUCCAGAACAGUCUGUCAAACUCACAACGGUGCACUGAUCAACUGCUGCAGUCGCUUGCACAGAAAUAUCAACUCUGUCUGACAGGGGUUUUAAAUGGGUUUUACAGCGUGGGACUCCAGAUUACCACAAUCCAGAGACGAACAGACGGAGUCAACACUAACUGGUAGCACAGAGCGUUUGUAAAUAUUGUUCAUUCACUUUUAAGACCGACAGCUUAAUGAUGAUGUCACUAGCAGAAAAAACAGUUUUUACCGCGUUGACAGAGUCAGUGUCAAGAGUUGGACAGAAGCUUAUUUAAUCAGAGGCAGCACAAUAAAUCCUGUUUAAUAUACGUGUCCCAGCAAAGCCCAUUUCUCCAAACGCCUCACAAGCUGCUGGAUUAAAAGACUGAGACAAGAUUGACUGAAAUGACAGAUAUAGCAGCUUCUUGCUAUAUCUGUAUAUAUGAACUAGCGGACAGCCCAUGGCAGUGUGGACGUUCCAGAGGCAGCUGGGACCAGCAAAGUGUGGAUGCCACUUUCGGAAAGAGCUGCCAAGAUUCAAACACAUAUUCAAGUGAUAUAUGUUCCUGCUUAGUAACAAAAAUGAUGUUCUUGUCCGACAUUAGUCAUGUUAGCAUAGGGAUGUGAGAUCGGUCCUCCUAGCUUAAAAGGCAGCAUCCUACUUAACUGAUGAUGAGGGAGCCAUAUUUGACUGCAUUUUGACAAAAAAGCUCAGUGAAAUCUCAGCGUAGGGGGUCAAAAUCCCAUAUGCUGCUAAAGCGCUGUGGAGAACCCGUAAAGUGACCAUUUUUAGCUUGAAUUUUAACAGCGGAGUACUCACUCAGCUCUUGUUAACUCGUAAGGCACAGUAUUUACUAGCAGUGGUGUAGUUUGUUCAAUCCCUGUGUAUCUUCACCCUGUUGGGGAAAUGGGCUUUGCCAGACUUUAGAGACUAAAGCAGUUCUCUCUGCUGUUUAUCACACUGGUGACUGCUGACUCGUCUGACCCGUUCAAUCCGAUGUGACUGUUGUAUGGUGAUCUCUCACAACCAAGCUGAUGAACCAAUGAACAACAUGACGAGGGAUCUCCUCCGAGUACGUGGAGCUAUGCACUAAAGAAGCCACCAGGCCGGCGCUGGGUGGAAAUGUGAACUUAUCAUAUCUGCAGUCCAGCUAGCACUGAUCCGCGCGGUUGGGAUCGGUUGUCCAGAUCUUAUUUUGAAUGUAUUUGCCAAUACAGGAGAAUAAGAUGUUCUUCGACACUAUGGCAGCUUCUAAUCGACAUGUAGACAGCCGUGAAGGGAACAAAUAUUGGCGUUUCUAUUUGAGAAUGUGCUGCAACACUGGGUAACAAGCUGACACACCGUCACCGUCGAGGGACAAUAGCAAGCAUGUUACUAAGUGUGCGUGUGUGUGCGCACGUGUCGUCCUGUCCUCUGCAUGUUAAUUGUCUGCAUGAUUGUACUUAUCUUCAGCUGAGGUCCAACUGCGAUAUCACACACAUAUCCCAAACCUUCGUAUGGCUGCUGAAGACUGUUGUGAACAACUCCAACUCACGGGGGCAUUGUUCAAGGGAGAUCAGCUUUUUAGCUCAGUAUUUUUGGUCUGCGCUUCGUUUCUGCAAAUACAUCCUGCCGCAAGGGGGCAGCGUUGUUUCCUCACGCGUUCAAAGUAAAGCCCCGCAGCCUGCUCUGAUCUACACUGUAAUUCUCACAUACUCACAGACUUGAAUACAUUGAUAUUUUCAGAAACGCACCUGCUGUUGAGAAUCAUAAACCCGAGGACUUCUGGGGAGACUAGCUAAUGCAAACACAUGUCUUCAGAGGACACCGACAACUGCACUCACAUCAUUGCACGUACUGUGACACGGUUGAAAAUACUGUAGGAAUUGUGUAGACUCACUCUGUGAUGAUUUUUGAAACAGAUGUACAGAUUCUGACACACACUGACUCACAUCAGUGCGCGGACAAGAUCACAAACUGUGACACAAUGGCACGUCUUUUGCCAUUUGCUCAGACACUUGGGAUGACACACACACCCCAAGACAAUGGUAUAUAAACACAAUUACAUUCACAACAAACUCAGAGUUUGUACUUCACCUUUACACACACAAGGAGAUACAAACUCAUAACAUCCUUAGAGACCUACUUUAAGGCAGACACAAGUGCUGAAUGUUUUUGGGGGGGGCACAUAAACACUCUCUUACAGUGGUUGAUGCAGAGACUUGUAAGAAGACACCAACAGCCACGCACAAAAGCUCUUGUGUACAAUGUCACUCUCAAGCAGAGCUACUGAUGGUGACACACACACACACUUGUGGAAAGUGUUACACAAAGACAUGAGAGGUGGUUCUUCAGUAGCCCCAUGAAACCAACAAACCACACACAUAAGUACACUCUGAUGCUUGAACACGUUUGUGUAGGCUCUUGUGUGCUAAGAUGACCACAUGGGAUACACACUCAGAUCCGCCCAGUUUUCAGUCUCCCGUGUUGUUUUGCAAAGGAGUAUCGUAGCUGACAGACUCAUCACUCGCACCUCAACAUCAUGGCGCACACACUGGUCUAUGACCACCCGUGAAGUGACACCAAUUGGAUUUGUGAAUUUCUCCCCGUGAGAUCAAUAAAGUAUCUAUAGAUCUAUGGAGAGUCCUGUGGAAGCACAGCAACAAUGUCAAUAGGACUGUGGUCUGACAGCAGCAGGAAGUGUCUCCCUUCAACACACAUCCUCUUCACACCUCACAUCCAUCGAGUCAGAGCAAGCCAUCCUGUGUUUGAGGCCGGCCAGUUCAGUGGAGAACAACAUGUGUGCAUGGGUUCUGCCCUGCAUCCUCUCACUAGAUGGUCUGGCAACUCAAAUCCUCUCUGGGAGCCCUAAUGCUCCCGUUAUUUCCACUCAUGCUGUCAUCGCAGGAUAGCACAGGACCGCUCCUCAACCUGGCAGGGCAGCAAGGCCUUGCCAUGCUCACCCAUCCCUGCGUUUGGAAAGCUCAUUGCUAAUAUCGGCGGUUUCGCUGUGUUUGUCCAGAGACAGAAUUUCAAUUGUAGACUCCCCAACUUGAGGCUCUUCGCUCACAAGUGAAAGAAUAGAUUCUUUGAGGGCGUCUGCUACUGCUAGCUUAACUGGCUUUGCUAGCUCCAUGCUGGUUGCUGGACAAGAAGUCGGUGGUUGUUUGACAGUUCCCUGCCUUGCGCUGGUCACCGUCCUGGUGUUUAGAAUAAAAUGGCUUGAAGGUGUCGGAAGCAUAGAGAAGCAUCUUGAAGUCUGAUAACAGUCGGGAGAAGUCGAGGGAGCUGAGGGGCAGAGCUCCGACAUCCCUCGUGUUGGUCACGUAGAACAGCAGCCUUUAGAUGAGCAGCUCAGUCGACUGGUCACCGAGGGCCUCAGUUGCAGCCCCGCAGCCUUUAAGAAAACUUAAUCCUGGUGGCCAUUUUCAAUAGUUCAGGAUGUGGUGUCGGGAGAUUACCUUGCAACUCUGGCGACAUUGUGGGACUCAUUCGUCUUCGGCUCAUCCUUGAUCUGUGGCAUGAUGUCCAGCUCUGUCUGCCUCAGCAAUAAUGCGACGAGGGAUUGUCAGCGUUUGUGUUGCACUUGAGUCUGAAAUGUGUGCUUAUGUGUUUAGCAGCGCCAGAGGCUGUUAGGGCAGCGAUGGAAUAGGAAGUCAUGGGCUGGAAUCCCUGUGAGGUAACCGUGUUCUCUUUGGGGAAAAAAGUGCUUCAAUGACAUGUAAAUGUAACAAAGCAGUGGUAGCUCAUGAUGUCAUCAGGCCAGGAAUCUUGACGUCCAACAUGCUUUAGCCAAAACACUGCACACUAGCUUGUUGUGAACUUUGAGUUCCCUUGUGCGUCUUCGCGUUCGCCGCCUUUUGUUCUUUUCAAGGUUCACAUUUUAGGCGUUUUAUUGUCUGUGCUGCCAGAAACGGCAGAAAAACGAAAUGUCACUUUUUAUUAUUGUAACUUUUAUUUGUCACUUGUUUUUAGAAGCAUAUUAUCAUGUAAAUCUGUGGUUUUGGUGUAUAACUGCGGUUUGCUGAGUUUUUCUAUAUUUGAUGCAGUCUUGACACAUAUGUGACAACACCCCCUGUUGGCCAGAGGGGGGCAGCAAAUGACAAUGAAGGCUGCUCCUCACGUACUGUAAAGUCAGAUUCUGCCUUGGCUUGAAGACAAGCCUUAUACAGUAGGUGACUAAACUUUGAUCAGAGGCACUUGAGAUAUUGACUGGAGAUGGACUGCUCUCGUCUGUCCCCCCCUUGUUGGUGUAGUUUCAGAUCAGUAACCUUCCGUCACUUCCUUCGUUGUAGCUUCUUCGUCUCCACUCUGCCUCCUGGUGUUUGCCAUAUGUUUUGCACAUUGUGUAAAUAUUUAUAUAGAUGUAAUGCAUAUUUUUAUACAUGUGUAACAUCCGCCGGCUCUCUAUUUUGUAAAUACUGUGAAGAUGUACAUAAAGCGGUGUAUGCCUUUCUGUGUCAAUAAAAUAUGGUGAGCUGCAUCAUCUGUGAUCACA